AUGCGGGAGAUCGUCACAAGCCCUAUGGCUGGUCUGGCGCGCAAUUCUGGAACGCAAAUCAAUACUCCUGUGAACCUUCACAGGAGUAUUGAAAACUACCUAUCCAUGAUUCUAACCUUACGGUUGGGCCUUAAUCGUGUCCAAAACCAGAUCCCAACUGUUGCCAAUACUUCGUCGCAACACCUCUCUAAUGUGAUAGAAUCCCCGAUAUCAUUUGGUGACGCCAACUCCGGCUUGCAGGCCGGGAUCAUCAACGGUUCGGUCCAUACUGAUUUUCAUCACCAUGUCGCUCCGGAAGAUCCCCUCCGCCUCCUCCCGUUUGCAACACACGUCGACCUUCUACAAGAGAUAUAUGACUGGGCUGAUGGAAAAGAUGAGCGAUGCAUCUUCUGGCUGAACGGCCUGGCUGGAACGGGAAAGUCAACAAUCUCCCGCACCGUCGCCCGCAGAUAUAAUGAGCAGAAGCGUCUCGGAGCCAGCUUCUUCUUCUCAAAGGGUGACGGGGAUGUGCGCGCAAGUUUUUCGCAAGUCUCGCCUUGCAGCAUAAUGUUACCUCUGUAG